AGUCUUUCGCUCGAUCUUUUGCUCGCACAGUGCUUGCUUUAGCAGUCCUUUUCUGCGUUUCAUGUAACUCCUUCUGUGUUCAAAUUUCCUCCAGUCAUUUUCCACAGCCCACCUUUCCCCAACUCAACACCAUUCUUGGUGUCCCACAUAGAGCAAGAUGUUCAUAAGGAUAGCGCAAUUAGCGCUCCUGUUGUGCUUUGCGCUGCUGGUACUCGGCGCAGAAGACUAUUACAAGCUGCUAGGGCUGAAGAACGAUGCCUCGGAGCGCGAGAUCAAGAAAGCUUACCGGACUCUGAGCAAGAAGUUCCAUCCAGACAAGAACCCUGGAGAUGAAACCGCAAACGAAAAGUUCGUCGCAGUCGCCGAGGCCUACGAUAUUCUUAGUGUCGAGGAGACACGCAAGAUAUACGACCAAUACGGCCACGACGGCAUCGAGCAACACAAGAAGGGCAAUGGUCCAGGUCAGCGUCACGACCCCUUUGACCUGUUCUCGCGCUUUUUCGGUGGCUCAGGACACUUUGGUCACCAGGGCGGAGAGCGACGAGGUCCGAACAUGGAAGUCCGCGUCGCCGUUCCCCUCCGCGACUUCUACAACGGACGCAAGACCGAGUUCACGAUUGAAAAGCAGGCUAUCUGUUCUGCCUGCGAAGGCUCUGGCUCAGCAGACGGACACGUCGAGACAUGUGGUACCUGUGGUGGACGCGGUGCAGUGAUCAGGAGACAGCAACUCGUGCCAGGGCUUUUCCAGCAGGUACAGAUGCAGUGCGAUGCCUGUAAUGGCAAAGGAAAGAUCAUCAAACGCCCCUGUUCCGUUUGCCACGGCAGCAGAGUUGUCCGUGAGUCCGAGACCCACGAACUCGACAUUGAAAAGGGCAUGCCCAAGGGCGUGCGCAUCACCUACGAGAACGAAGCAGAUGAGAGCCCAGAUUACGUUGCUGGAGAUCUGCAUGUGCACCUCGUCGAAGCGGACGCAGCACUCGGCGUACAAGAUCACGAACGCACAGACGGUACCUUCUUCCGCCGCCGAGGCCCAGAUCUGUUCUGGCGCGAAGUGCUCUCGUUGAGGGAAGCAUGGAUGGGCGACUGGACGCGCAAUGUCACACAUCUAGACGGGCACAUUGUCAAGUUAUCUCGCAAGCGCGGCGAAGUUGUUCAGCCCAAUACAGUGGAGAUCUUGAAAGAGGAGGGUAUGCCCAUUUGGCACCAACAGCUCGAGAACAACGAUGGGCUACAGUUUGGAAACCUGCAUGUUGAGUACGUGGUUGUACUGCCGGAUCAGAUGGAGAAGGGUAUGGAGAAGGACUUCUGGGCUGUGUGGGAUAAGUAUAGGAAGAAGAGCGGUGUGGUCCUAGACAAGGCGCUGAACAGACCGGAAGGUGAGAUCAGGAUGCCGGGUGCGGAUGGUCACGAUGAAUUAUAGAGCAUGAUGGACGAAUUUUUGCAUGAUAUGGAUACCCGUGGGUGAGGAGGAAUUGUGAAGUUGGCCACUAUACUGCCAACACGAGUAUAGAACAUCCUUGAAAUGUAUCGAGCAGGGAAG